AUGACCACUGCAGAACUCCAGGAACAUGACCAUCCCAUCUAAACCCCUGCGUUCAGAGACUUGACCAAACUCUAGCAAGCUUUAGCAGCAUAAGGCCCUGUGCCCAGGGCGACUGCCUCAGAAAGCUUAACUACGUGAUGUAACCAGCACACAACUGAUGAUAGGUCUCUGACAUCCCUUUCUUAGAACGUUUACUAAAGGGCUUGCAAUUGUAAAGACUUAUUUCUUGCCACUCAGAAGUUCUCUCUCAAGGACCAGAGAGUCAUUCCUUUGAAAUGUAAUCAAGAAGGAUAAAAUCCUCCGUAGGAGGAUAGAAUCCUGCGGUAACUGUUAAAACACGCGCACACACAAACACACAGCUGGCCUAAUCACAUUUACACUAACAACUCUGUAGGUUCACUUUCUCUACUGAGCGCCCGCAUAUCCCCUUUCUCCUUUUAAAACGUCCCUUUAAAAAUGCCCAGAUGAUCUCUGCACGAAUCGAAAUAGAGCUCAGCUCUUUCCUGUCAGUAGUUAACUGAAUGUUUUCACCGCUUUAACGUCCAGCUGCGCUUAUCUUUGACAUCGACUACCUAAGGUCUACCUUUAGUCCCACGACUCUGACAAAAUGAUCUCAAUAUUGGUGUAAAAUCACCUCCCCUUUCAAGGGUCUUCCAAAGCACUUCCUGUCUGCGGCAUACAAAAUGUAUUGGCACGGAAUUUUAAGCUUACUGAGCUUUAUAAACACGUCACAUUCACACAUUCAAGACACACACUGGAUAUUCGGAUAAAAACAAACAAACAAAAAACUGGCUAAAUACCCAUUCCCCUCAAUAACUUGGAUAAGAUACCUAAAAAAUGUCGACCUUCGGUACCUUUCUGUCCUCUCCCCUCUCGCUAUUUGCCUACACUGGCUUCUUCACCUCCACUUUUUCUCACGUUUAUCGGAGCGAAAACAAGCACGGUUCGGCAGCCUCCUUUCCCAGCCCUACCUUUGUGCUGCAAAAGCGAAAAUUCAAAAGCCAAGUACAAUAGGAGACCGCCCACCCUGGCUCCCUCGUGACACGAGGGAGCGCGAAGCGGAGGGCGCCUCGCGGCAGGAGCGGGAUUUCCGGGGUCACGGGAACCGGCAGAGGAACGGGAUAAAGUUCCCGGAGAAAGGAAAGGGGAGCGUGGGAUAGUAAAAGAGAAGACGCGGAGAAGAGGAGAGGACCUACAAGAACGGAGGACAGGGGCGCACGAUGGUCCCGGGGGGAGCGGAAACAAAGGCACGCAAAACGGAAAAGCGUGUGUAGGGGAGCGGAAAAGGAAGUCACCACCGUGGCCUGCGACGAAAUGGCGAAAAGUCUUUUGAAGACAGCCUCUCUGUCUGGAAGGACAAAAUUGCUACAUCAAACAGGAUUGUCACUUUAUAGUACAUCCCAUGGAUUUUAUGAGGAAGAAGUGAAAAAAACACUUCAGCAGUUUCCUGGUGGAUCCAUUGACCUUCAGAAGGAAGACAAUGGCAUUGGCAUUCUUACUCUGAACAAUCCAAGUAAAAUGAAUGCCUUCUCAGGUGUUAUGAUGCUACAACUUCUGGAAAAAGUAAUUGAAUUGGAAAAUUGGACAGAGGGGAAAGGCCUCAUUGUCCGUGGGGCAAAAAAUACUUUCUCUUCAGGAUCUGAUCUGAAUGCUGUGAAAUCACUAGGAACUCCAGAGGAUGGAAUGGCCGUAUGCAUGUUCAUGCAAAACACCUUAACAAGAUUUAUGAGACUUCCUUUAAUAAGUGUUGCGCUGGUUCAAGGUUGGGCAUUGGGUGGAGGAGCAGAAUUUACUACAGCAUGUGAUUUCAGGUUAAUGACUCCAGAGAGUAAGAUCAGAUUCGUCCACAAAGAGAUGGGCAUAAUACCAAGCUGGGGUGGCACCACCCGGCUAGUUGAAAUAAUCGGAAGUAGACAAGCUCUCAAAGUGUUGAGUGGGGCCCUUAAACUGGAUUCAAAAAAUGCUCUAAACAUAGGAAUGGUUGAAGAGGUCUUGCAGUCUUCAGAUGAAACUAAAUCUCUAGAAGAGGCACAAGAAUGGCUAAAGCAAUUCAUCCAAGGGCCACCGGAAGUAAUUAGAGCUUUGAAAAAAUCUGUUUGUUCAGGCAGAGAGCUAUAUUUGGAGGAAGCAUUACAAAACGAAAGAGAUCUUUUAGGAACAGUUUGGGGUGGGCCUGCAAAUUUAGAGGCUAUUGCUAAGAAAGGAAAAUUUAAUAAAUAAUUGGUUUUUCGUGUGGAUGUACUCCAAGUAAAGCUCCAGUGACUAAUAUGUAUAAAUGUUAAAUGAUAUUAAAUAUGAACAUCAGAAUUACUUUGAAGGCUACUAUUAAUAUGCAGACUUACUUUUAAUCAUUUGAAUAUCUGAACUCAUUUACCUCAUUUCUUGCCAAUUACUCACUUGGGUAUUUACUGCGUAAUCUGGAACAUUUAGCUAAAAUAUACACUUUUGGCUUAAAAAUUAUUGCUGUCAAUUCCAAUAAUAAUUCUUAGCUUAUAACCAAAGAGCAGUGUUUAAAAGGAGAGCUUCUAUACAAAACCUAUUCCUGGUGUUACUUUUCAUACAAUUUUUGUUCUGUUUUACCUGGAAAUAAUUUACCAAAAUAACUGAGUGUUGCUGCUAAAGAACAAAAGUGGGGAGGUAUCAGGGAACAAGAAAACAAGAAAGGGUAUGAUCAAUCAUUUUCUUCUGCUCCAAACAGCUGGAGUAAAAUUCAUGGGAAAUGGCCCUUCAUUUAAAAAAAGAUGUACCUCACUACCCACUACAAAUUUGGAACUUUAUUUGUUCUUUUCAAUAGUUAGUUUUCUAUUGUAAAUUAUCUACUAAACAGUGGUAGCCAUGACAUGGAAAGUCAACUGAUUCUACAAUUGGACAUUCAUUUGUGUGCCCUGGAAUUUCCAACUAGUAAUAAACAACUACUGUUGAUGUAGUUUUAAACCACUCGAAGGGACUCAUGAAGCAUCCUGCAACAUAAAUUUGCAUUUUUACAUCAGAUUUCUUUUUUUUCCUGAAAAACAACGAACCUUCUAACAACUAUCUUUCAAAAGUAAAUGUAAUAAAAAUGCACAACAUAAAAUGUUUAUGAUCCCAGCAAUACACUUUUUAAAAAAUGUGAAAGUCAAAGAAUUAAGUUCUAGUUCUGACUCAUCACAAGAGGUCAAAAGUAUUUGCUACUGUAACAUUCAAUUCACAUUUGAGAACCAUGGUAAAAAUAACUUGCAUUUGCCGUACCAUCAUGAUCCUACUGUUGAGUUAGGAAAAUAUGGUUAGACAGACUCACAUUACUUUUUUUCAGAGGUAAACUCUAGAUUACUGUGUCAACCCAAUACUAUUUGGCCAUAGAUGUAAAAACUACCAAAUAAAAAUGGAUUUUGUGGUCUACAA